CUCUGCCUUUCAAAACAUAAAUCUACCUUAUCAUCAAACUAACUACAUCUGAAGUUAUUAUGUUGAAACAAGACCGUAACUGGACACAAGUUUGCAACACAUGCCGUUCAGCCGCAUGCACCGUGUACUGCCGAGCUGAUUCUGCCUACUUGUGCGCCACCUGUGAUGCUCAAGUUCACGCUGCCAAUCUUCUUGCUUCCCGCCACGAACGUGUUCGAGUCUGUGAGGCAUGUGAGCGUGCACCAGCUGCCUUCUUCUGCAAGGCAGAUGCUGCAUCACUAUGCAUAGCCUGUGACUCACAGAUUCAUUUAGUAAACCCACUUGCUAGACGCCACCAACGUGUUCCUAUUCUGCCAAUCUCCUCCAUGGCCACUAACCAUUCAAGUGAGACAACAGCGAUGACAGGUCCAGAGAACAUAGUGGUGAUGGGACAAGAAGAAGAGGAUGAAACAGAGGUGGCUUCUUGGUUGUUGCCUAGUUCAGAGAAAAACAGUGGUAACAAUAACAAUAGUCUGGACCUUGUUGAUUAUCAACAAGACUACAACGUACCUCGAAGUAGAUAUGCUAGAGAUGGAGUUGUUCCACUUCAAGUUGAAGAAUCAAAGGCCCACAUGCACCAUGAGCAACACAACUUUCAGUUUGGUUUCACUAAUGUGUCCUCAGGAUGUCAUAUGGUCAGUCUUGUGCCAGAGUCAACGACAAGUGACACAACAGUAUUAUUACAUUCACCAUCCCCCAAAGCGGCAACAGACCAACUACCUGACCCUUCAACUCAGAUACUUAGUCCAGGGGAAAGAGAGGCUAGGGUUAUGAGAUACAGAGAGAAGAAGAAGACAAGGAAGUUUGAGAAGAGGGUAAGAUAUGCUUCAAGGAAAGCAUAUGCAGAGACAAGACCACGGAUCAAAGGCCGGUUUGUAAAGAGAGAAGAAGUGGAUGCAGAGGCAGACCAAGGUUUCUCCACAAUGACAAUGUUCAACACAGGAUAUGGAGUUGUUCCUUCGUUAUGAUAUGAUGCGUAAGGCAAAACUAGCUUGCAUGCUUGUAAAUGUUUUACUUGUUUGAGUUCCUUAGAAGUUAUCAUCACUGUAACUUUAGUUAAAAACCAAAUAUGAAUACUGUGUUAUGUGAAAUGAUACCACCACAUAGAAUAGAAUAUUAUCCAUCGGUAGAUAACGCCCCGACAACCCAUCUAAGGAUGGUGCGUUAAUUUUUUCAUUUCAGAAAUAAGAUGCCAAAUAUGUAUGUUGAUACUCCACAGAUUCUCUAAAUGUACAGAGAC